UUGGCAAGUGAUUACGUCUCUUGUGUUCGUGGAUCAUAUCUUUGUUUACGAUGUCCGGACGCGGGAAGCAGGGCGGCAAGGCUCGCGCCAAGGCCAAGUCUCGCUCUUCUCGGGCCGGGCUGCAGUUUCCCGUGGGCCGCGUGCACCGCCUGCUCCGCAAGGGCAACUACGCCGAGCGGGUGGGCGCCGGCGCGCCCGUGUACCUGGCGGCCGUGCUCGAGUACCUGACGGCCGAGAUCCUGGAGCUGGCGGGCAACGCGGCCCGCGACAACAAGAAGACGCGCAUCAUCCCGCGCCACCUG